AUGUCUUCUAACCAUGUGCCUCUAGAACCAUUUGACAUAACUCGUAUGAUUGAAGCGAUACGAAGUACAACCGAAAACGAACCAACAUUGGAAGGAGAGGAAUUGGAGAGAGCUCGACGAAUCGACGAUCGCGUGGUAGAUUAUACAAGGAGAAUCGUGGAAGGGGCGAUGAGACACCUAGAGAAUAGAAUUCAAGCCAUGGUCGAGGAGCUGGAAAAAGCGUUGAAGCGAGGAGUUCAUCAUGGUUACAUCAAGAAACCAAGUUCCUGCAAACUGGGAUAUGACUAA